CGUCACUGUCAUCUCCCCGCUGUCACUGCAGGCUGUGAUGGCGGAGGUGGACGAUACCGACAUAAUGAUGAACUACCAAGCCGAUUUCUCAAAAACCGACAGAAAAAACGGCCGCUACCCCUACUGCGUCGUCUGGACGCCCAUCCCGAUCUUAUCGUGGGUGCUCCCCUUCAUCGGUCACAUGGGCAUAUGCACUUCCUCUGGAGUCAUUAGGGAUUUUGCAGGAUCGUACUUUGUUUCGGAGGAUAACAUGGGGUUUGGCUGCCCAACAAAAUACUGGAAGCUUGAUGUGGACAAAGUCUGUGGUAAUGGUGUAGCCACAUGGGACAAAGCAGUGCAGGAUGCAUCUGAUGAGUAUAAAUGCAGGCCGCACAAUCUGUGCUUUGAUAACUGCCAUUCCCAUGUUGCAAUGGCCCUCAACCUCAUGCGAUAUGACAACAGCACGUCUUGGAACAUGGUGAACCUGUGUGCCCUGUCGCUCAUUCAUGGGAGACACGUGAGCUGGGGCGCGUUCCUCAAGACCUGGCUGCCCUUCGCCAUGCUCUGCGGAGUCCUUGCCACGUUCGUCCUAACUUUCCAUCUCCAGUAGUGCAACCAGCUGCACAAGGAGAUGACUUUUGUUAUACUUUAUGCAUCAUCAUUGACAUGAAUGGUGUAUUGUGAUAGAGCAUUUGUAUAUACAAAGAAAGCAAACAAACAAAGGACUUCAUGGUGUGUUGUAAUUAGUAGUGAUCUAGUCUUUGGCAGGGCAGUUAAGGUUAAAGCCUUGCUGUUUGUCAGUAGAUUUGACACUUUUUUUUUUCUCUGUGCUGUAUUAGUUUAGCCAGCUCUACUUCAGUAUUUGCAAAUCCACUCUUCACGAUAUAUAGUGUUUUACAUGGUGGGGUCUCUGUCCUUGUUUUGCUUUGCAAAUAGCAUUCUCAAGGAUGUCUGUCUGUUAUACGACACAGUGGAGUAAUGUAUUUAAACUCCAGAGAUGCAUUUUUCAUGAACGGCAAUGAUGAAUGUGUUUUCAGUCCGGCUAAUGUUGAUUUCAGUGACGAAUCACCGCAAAAUCUUAAUGCUGAAACUACUCAUCUAUUAUUUGUCCAAGAGAUAUGAGCCGCUACCAAAGAUAGAAUGAUGGAAGACCCAUGUGUAAAAAAAAAAAAAAAAAAAACCCAAUGUAUUGUCCUCCACUGAAUCGGUGCUUCUCAUAUGUGAAGAAAGAUGUGUUCAUUUUUAUAAAAUCAUUAUUGCUAUUGUUUAUCUUCAUAAAAAAACUGUUUGCUUUCCAAUUAUGGAAGUGCAUGCUGAAAUGUUACUUUAACCCUGCCAAAUGAUUUUGUAUGUAU